AUGGCUGCCGCACCAACGCACCUCCCACAGAGUGACCCCUUGGACUGUGAGGCCUCAGUCAACGCCCACGUCGAGGAGCAGCUCUCCACCUCCUACCUCUACCUGGCCAUGGCCGUUUUCUGCCACCGCCCAGAGGUGGCUCUGAAGCACUUCUCGAGCUUCUUCCUUCGCUACUUUGACUGCUGGGCAGAGCUCACCCAGCAACUCAUGGCCACGCAGACCCAAAGAGGUGGGCGUGUGAUCCUCGGAGACAUGGAGCAGCCCGAGACCAGUGAGUGGCGUGGCGGCCUCCAUGCCAUGGAGUGUGUCUUCCAUCUGGAGAAGAGCGUCAACCAGGGCCUCCUGGAGCUUCACCAGCUGGCGGCCAGCAAGAGGGACCCCCACUUGGCCAGCUUCCUGCAGUACCACUACCUGAGACCCUAG